AUGUCAGGCCUCUCCCCCGCGCGUCGUCUUCGAACGAAAACCACCGACUUUUCCGAUUUUUUUCGCGGGGGGUCAAGUCAUGGAUCAGCGCAGCCUUCGAACAUACUCUUCGCGCAGCAUGACGCGAACGACAACCAUCAUCGCGAACCAUUCGACGUGUCCAACAUCAUGGAAGCUUCUACUUCUUCGACACACUCUCAGUCAGCCGCGAAAAAGUUCAGCAGCAAACUACCAUUUCUUGGUCGAUCACGGAAGAAGUCGAACGUAGAGGAGGCGAGCGCGAAUGCUGCGCGUGAGCGUGAUGUGGGGGGGCACGAGACCGCGCACGAUACAGCAACGCAUCAGACACAUUCAGACUCGAUACUGCGACCAACCAAGUCAAGAGAUGGUUCCCAACAGAGCCUUAGCUCCAAGUUCGCCGCUCAUUUCACUCCCUCGCGACCACGCAAAUCGGAUGUCUCAUCUUCACGGAAAAUCUCAUCUUCCCCCUCAAAACUACGCCAGAGGGCUCCGACGGAAACACCAUCGACUCACGAUCGGACACUGCACCCGCCUCCCAAAGUAUCCCCUCGUGGUCGCUCCUUUGAAUCGACUUCAUCUGGUGCUAGCGAGAAUGGAAUACGAUCCACUACUCCCCGGCCAUCACAAUCACAACAAGAGGGUCAGCAACCCACGUUUACGGUAUCGAUUUCCCCACCAGAUGAUCUCAGCAGGUACGCCGACCUCUUUACACGCCCACGGAGGAAGACCGACUCGUCGAGUUCAACUCCCCCUGGUCGGGAUAGUGAUGAGCGAAAUACGGCAAGUUCCAGUUUAUCCACUAGCCCGAGAAGCAGCCUUCCUACUGGGGAUUCUGAGCCGUCUGGGACACCGGACGACACGCCUGUCAGACCAGGAAGUCGAUCAUCUGUCAAGAGUGCAGGUCGACAGCACCAGAAGAAUGAUUCGGCGAGCGGGACGAGUGCGAUACUGGACUUGAGGAUGUCGGAGGACUCAGUUAUUGACAAAGAGCGGCCGUUUCCAGUUCCUCCCAUGAUGCCGGGUACUCCAUCAGAAAGACGCCCUUCCGUAGCGAGGAUAUCCACGCAAAAUAUGGAGAAGGGAACAAUUACGGCUAGGACAGGACGCGCUCGCUCUGCCUCUGGUAGUCGUCCUAAUGGCGCGCCGCCCAACAUACCUCUCCCUUCACCGCCACACUCGUCUCUCCCCUCUCCUCCCCCAUCGGCGGCGCCUACCCCUCCUCCAAAUGCCGCCCUUCCCAGUAUUCCUACGCUCACUACAGCGCCCUCGCGUAAAUCUGUCUCUUCCAUUUCAUCAGUUUCUUCGGGACAGUCGGCGGCCUUCCUCUCGCGCCGUACGCGUGCGAAUACCAUCCCUUCUCCACCUACACUCACAUCUCCAAUACCAUCCGUCCCUUCUCUUCCAUCUUCUCCCAUUCCCGUCAACAAGCCCCCGCCAUCAUCAUUCGCGUCCCCCGCAUCUCCAUAUCUCAAAUCGCUCAAGCACGAUCACCUCGCAACUGACUCGGAGAAAAGCGAUUGGGAGCGCUCAGAUAUUGAGAACCUGGAUCGAGCUACUCCAGAUCAACUCAAGCAGGUCCUCGUGUCGCAGAACCUCCGAAUGGACGAACUCAUGAACUAUCUUAAACGCAUAUCAGACCAGCACGAGGCCGAACGGAAUGAGAUGCGGGAUAAGAUCGAGACACUUGAGCGUGAAUCCGCACGCAAAGAUCAAGAGAUCAGAGGGUUGACUUAUCUCGUGCAUCGUGGCGGGGGGGCACCAUGGGGUGCCGCCGGUUCACCUCGAACAGGCUCCCCGCGCAUCACUUCGGCUCGCUCGAGUCCUCUGGCUAACUCUCCUAACGCGUCACUAUCUGAUACGGAGAAGACCCAUAUUCGGACUCGGCGUAUCAUCGCUAGUGGUACACAGAGUGAUGGCGGUCGGGGAGCUAUGACAAGUGAUUCGGAAGUCGACGCUUCGACCAUCCCAAUCCUUCCACCCUCGCUGAGAAGGAACAAGACGGCGCUGGGCACAUCACAGCCUUCUCCUAAAGCCGCUGCUGUUCGCUCAACUUCGACACGAUGUAUACCAAGCACCAAAUCCUUGGCCGCUGACUUCUCUACAAUAGUCAAUAAACGUGCAUCGACAUCAUCCACCUUCUCUUUAUCAUCUACUAUUUCCUCCUCAUCCUCCCUUCUACCAGCGAGUUCUAUCGCUCCCAGCACAAUAUCAUCAAGUCUGUCGUCAAUACCGGAAACACCACCACCCUCUCUCCCGCCCAAAGCUGCGCUGCCUUCGAUUCUUCAAUCACACCAUCAGCAAGCCAUGGCCACUCCCAAGCCAGCGGCAAAACGCACGCCAUCACUGACACCCGCUGCAGCCUAUGCAGCCAACCUCAAGAAAACCAGACCUCCUUCAAUCGCUCAGGUACUAGAGCGUGAUGAGGGCAAGGCGUCGCCAACGUAA